GUUAAAGGUCGCGUGAAUACUGUGACUAAAUGCAGGACUGACAGCACCUAUAGAGCGCACUAUAAUUACGAAAUACGUAUAAAUAAGUGAUGACAGAAGUGAAAUUUGAUCUGACUUCGAAACAACCAACAAUAUUCGCAAAAUGAAGCCCUAAACAGCACGUUAAGGACAUCUGCUGGUCAGUGAAAGGAUACCAGGCAAAAUUCAAUUGGUGGCAGUAAUGUUGCACAUCCCGAUCGAUUUGUAAACCCCUUAAAAGCAGAAGAAGCGGACUCUCACAUGACUGCAGUGUUUGUCCCCGUGAUCAUCUGUGAGAGAGUCAGAGCUCUGAUGGAUCAGCUGGAGCUCAACUCAACUCACACACACUUCACUCAGGAGCAAGACGUUUAUCUGGAGUCGCAAAUAUCAAGAAUUUGGACCAACAGCUGAAGGGGACGUAUCAAGCGAUUCAGGUCUCAGAUCAGCAUUUGGAGGGUAAAGGUGAAGCCGGAGGGCUGGUUAAUGUGGUUUCCACAGCCAGACUCACUGGAUCCCAGCAGUAAUACAGGCAGUCCUGCUGGAGACGAGAGCAGGGAAGAGGCACGAUGUGGAUAUUUCCCAGCAUCCUCUGUGAGCGAGGGAUCGGCCAGCAUCGUGUCCUUGCAGACAGCAGCAGAUCACACAUUCCCACAAACAGCAGGCCAGUUUUAUGUGAUGAUGACUCCAUCAGAUGUUCUCCAUUCAGCCUCUCAGCGGACUUUAGCUCCACGCACACACACAUACACAGUAAAUGAACACAGCACAUAUCAGCAUGAAGGUUUGAACUGGAAAACAGACAGUCCACGCACCCCUAGAGACGAGAGAAGACGAGCACAGCACAAUGAAGUGGAAAGGCGACGGCGAGACAAAAUCAACAACUGGAUUGAGACGCUCUCAAAAAUCAUUCCCGACUGCAGCUUCGAUGGCACAAAGACUGGAGCCAGUAAAGGUGGGAUUUUGUCAAAAGCGUGUGAUUAUAUUGUUGAGCUGAAGCAGCAGAAGCAGAGGCUGCAGGAGAGUCUGAGAGCAGUGGAGAGACUGAAGAUGGACAAUGAGCUGCUCACAAAACAGGUAGAAGAGCUGAAGAGUGAAAAUGCCCUUCUCGGAGCUCUGCUGGAGCAUCACGGCAUCGGCACGAUCACAGACACUUCAGCACCAUGAGGACAGAGAAGAAAAAACCCUCAGAGAAAUAAUAACAUGAGACUGAAGUGGCAAAACAACACAUACAAGUAAAGAGUGUCUCAGAGCUGCAGUUCAGACAAAGAGUCAAGACGACUCCAUUAAAGGGACAGUUCACAUAAAAACAUGUAAGUUUGCUGUUCAUUUACUCACUCUCAGGACACAUAAGCAAUGUUUUUUUCUUCAGUAAACUGUGUUCCUUGGUGAUAUAAUGCAAUUUAAUGGCUAGCGGCGCUUUCUGAGUGAAAAAAGCACAUACUGGUGGAAGAAAACUAAUGGCUGUUGAAGAGUCAUUGAGGUUUUGUGAAGAGAAGCAUACCGGGCUCUAUAAUAAUAAGGUGCAAGCAGGGCCGGCGCGUCCAUAGAGGCGAACUAGGCGGCCGCUCAAAUAUA